CCAAUCAGAGCGAGGCUGCUACGGAAACAAAAAUCUGAGGCAAACUUCACCUCAGACAUCAUUCGACACAUGGCUUCAUGUCGGUUUGAGACCUUUUCUCUGGUCGGUACAAACAGUCGGAGCUUGUUUACAGCCUGACGAGCCCCCACAGAGCUGUUUUGUUUUUUCCUUAAAAAGAGAGACGAGUUCUGACCCAGGAAACGAGACAGACACCGGAAAUAGUCCAGUUUGGAAAUAAGUCAAGGACACGACGGCGGAGUUGAUGCUCUGUAAAGACUUCUCACAUGCGAUGAAAGACAUGGACGCCUUCAACGGUACCUCAGAGCGGCAAACAGACUUGAUUGACCUCAUUGAAGAAAUCAUCACGGAGGACAGCGAAAGCGUGGUCGCCUCCCUCCCUGGACCUCCCCGGCCUCCAGACAACCUGCUCUGCAUGCCACAAGCCGAGAGCAACAGGAGGCUGCGGCAGAGCUCCUUGCCGUCCUCUCAGCCGGUGCUGGUUGCGAGAGGCACCGCAUGUCAGCCAACCUGCCCCUUCCCUCAGCCCCUGCCUCAGUCGUGCUCAUCCAGAGAGAUGGCUCAUCCUUCACGAGGAGCCUCCUCUCCAGCCAGUUCCUCACGCCGCGGUCGGGGCUCUUCGUGUUUGUUGGCCUCUAAGAACCCUGGCGGCGUUUCCUCCCAGAACCGGGUGGGCGACACAGAUAUGCUGGAACGGAUUCUGCAGAAGCCCAAACUGGUGGUGGUGGAGGAGCCCAAGGAGAGAGGCAUGAGGUUUCGCUAUGAAUGUGAAGGACGCUCAGCCGGCAGCAUCCUGGGGGCAUCCAGCACUGAAACCAACAAGACGCAGCCUGCGAUAGAGAUUCAAGGUCCCAUUGAUCACAUAAAGAGGGUCACAGUCACUGUUUCCUUGGUUACCAAAGACCUCCCACACAGGCCUCACCCCCACUGCCUUGUGGGUAAAGACUGCCCGAAUGGUUCAGGAAUCUGCGUGGUGACGCUCAACCCUCACAGCAACCGACGUCACAGCUUUGUUAACCUUGGUAUUCAGUGUGUGAGGAGGAAAGAGCUGGACGUGUCACUGAAGAAGAGAAGAAGCCAAAAUAUCGACCCCUUUCAAACUGGUGACUCAAAGGGCAUUGAAGACAUGGACAUGAACGCAGUGCGUCUGUGUUUUCAGUGCGAGCUCGAGUGGGACGACGGCAGAAAAGACUGCCUCAGCCCAGUCGUGUCCAACCCCGUCUAUGACAAGAAAGCCACGACGACAUCGCAGCUGAAGAUCAGCUGUUUGAACCAGUACAGAGGUUCCUGCCAAGGCAAAACAGAGAUCUACAUGCUGUGUGACAAAGUGCAGAAAGAUGACAUAGAGAUCAUCUUCAGGCGAGGGUCGUGGAAGGCAAGCGGUGAGUUUGCCCAGACUGACGUUCACCGGCAGAUCGCCAUCGUGUUCAAGACUCCGCCCUACCAGGACCAGGACAUCACAGAGGAGGUAGAGGUCAGCGUCGCCCUGCGUCGCCUCUCGGACCAGAUGGAGAGCGAGCCUAUUAGCUUCACGUACCUGCCGCACAACCCAGAUCCAUAUGAGGUGAAGCGGAAAAGGAAGAUAAAGCCAGACAUCAGUUUCAGAGACAAACCUUGUGCUACAGCAGCAGAAAGUGCACCUGCAGCAGAGCAGCCCUUCCACUUCCCACAGCCUCAGAUCAUGUCUCCUGACGAGAGGCUUUGUGCCACCCAGCCCGUGACCUCCGCCUUCGGGGAAAUGUGCUUCAACGAGCCCCAGGACUCAAACAAUGGCAACGAAGCUGCCCUCAUUAAUCAGUUGCUCGAGAAUCCUUCAUUUUUUGAAAUGUUGGGUGACCCAACCUUCACCCUGUCCAUGCUUUCUGUUUUUGAGCAGUGUCCUGAUCCCAACUCCACAUUUGCCAACAUGGACAUGAACUUUAACCAGAACUUUGGCUCGUACCCUCAGGACUUUUCCCAUUACAAUGAUGAGCAGUUCAACAUGCUUGUCACUGAGAGCCAGACUGUGCAGUCAGAGGCACAGGACAGCCUCUCCAACAUGGUCCAGGUGAAGACAGAAGAGGAACUAUGAAGACGGGACAGUCAGGAUCAUGUAGCACUUACACACCUUCUCUGUCCACUUUAAAUAAUAAGUAAACAUUUUGGGGAAAAUGCUUAUCACCUUCUGACAGAGACAAGCUAGGUGUCUCCUGUUUCUGGUCUUUGUAUUUGGUCAAACUAUCCAGUUGCUAGCUUCCGCUCAAGUGGCAUCCUCUGGCACCAGUGUUGAAAACGGCAGUUCCUCAGAUGGCCACUUGAGGCCGGAUCCGAAAGUGAGUCAGUCCCCCCCCUCCCGGAGCUUUACAGCAGAAAUAAACAUGUUACCAGACACAAAACAAACCAAAAACAAUUUCACUGUUUAUGACUGUAACUUGUUUGAAUUAUAUUAUCAGCUAGCCGCUAGCUUUUUAGCUGUUAGCAACAAGGUAGUCUGAUUUAGUGUUAAUAGACUGUCGAUAUAAUCCUGCCAAAUUGCACCUUCUCUUUGUUACUGUUUUCAAAAUCCCCGCUGCCACAGGAAACAACAAUAGCGACUGAGCUAGCAACCUACACGCAAACAAUUACAAGUUACUUUAACGCUAACCUGGUGCUAACGGUGCAAAUGUAAACAAGCAAGCAGCUCUUUUUCUUUUGUAGGGAUUUAGACAUAUUAAUGCCAGGGCUGGCUUCCCCAUGUGCAAAACCAAUUCCCCCUGACACUGUUUUUCAGGGGAACCCUGGCUACAGCCUUGGUUCAGCCCAAACCCAAGACAGUUGUGGCUGGUUUGAUAGAAGUACAAAGCCUCCAGAUAUGUUUUCAAGCUUCCUCGCCACCGACAUUCCCAGAGGCAUUAUGUUUUCCGGUUUUCCAUCCAUAAAACUGUUGUGGCCAUCAUGCGACGCCACAGCUGAGGAACAGCAACUUGACUGGUGCACAGAGUCAUACAACUGCGGACUUUAGUUUUUUCCUUCUCUGGCACUGACACAACAUAAGGCAAGACUAGCAACUAGUCUUUAUUUGGCAGGAUUCAGAAUCCAUGCCUUUACACAUUUUGUGCUUCAGCAUCAUAUUUUGCAUACAGACAUGAGAACGCUAACGAUCUCCUCAUCUGACUCUUGGCACAAAGUGAAUAAGCAUAUUUCCCAAAGUGUUGAACUUGACCCUUCGGGAGUCGGAGCCAAGCAUGAUUAUGUUAUGAAGCAAAACCCGUCCUUUUACUGUGAAAUGUGUUCGUGGACUCAUUUGGUUUCACAAGUCUGCAUCUCUGUCUUUGUCCAAACGCCUCGCUGGUCGAGGCUUUAGCAACCAUGAGCAGGCUAACAGUCCUUAAUAUGAAAUGCUGCUAGCAUUAAUCAUCAGGCUUAUAGUCCGAAGAAGGUCAGCAUAAAGCUUAAAAAGUGAACUCUUGGCCGUAUUUAACUUGGAAACAAUAGAAACCCUUUCAUUAAUUGUUGUUAAUUGUUGAAGUGGUAAGACUGAAGUACCUGCCAUGUUGUGUUUAUCUAAGAACUGUUUUGUUUGCCUUAGCGUCAUUUUGGGGACCUGACUUCCUGCUGGACGUCUUGUCAUCCGUGUGAAUGGAAUGUAGUUUUUCACAAAAAGUCUCAAGUAGAGUAGUUUCAGGUCUGUUCUUCCUAUUGUUCUCGUGUGUCACACCAGCUGGCUUGUUUAAUAUUUAAUCUACUUUAGGGCAAUAGAAACCAGUCAUCCUUGUAUUCAUAGCCAUGUUUAUGUGAGUUCCUUUUGUUCUGCAGUUUCUCUCUCGUGCCAGGCAUUCAAAUUUCCACUUGCAGCUUGUCACAAGUCCAAGUCCGCCCCCUCUCUGUAGCACGGUAGUGUCAACAUUAAAAAUAAAAUGUAAGUCUGUGA